AAGCCCAGCCAGUCCUAGUGUUGGAGGAGCUUCCCCAGAGUCCUAGCUCACUUCGGGCUGCUAGAAAAAGUUGGCGGCCGUCGACCAGAGCAGGAGCCCAGUGGGUGCGGCCUGCAGUCGUGGUGAAACCGGCAAGGGGGACAUCUACUACAGAAAAGAAGGGUUGAUCACAAACAGGACCAUAUUUGGAGCUGAAAUGGAAGAAGCAGUUGGCAAGCCAAUGAGAGACCAGGUCACAGGGCCACAUUUGACAGAAGACAGUCCAAAAGCCAAGAAGUGCACUGUGAUCGGAGGCUCUGGGUUCCUGGGGCAGCACAUGGUGGAGCAGUUGCUGGCAAGAGGCUACACUGUCAAUGUAUUUGAUAUUCGGCAGGGUUUUGACAAUCCCCAGGUGCAGUUCUUUCUGGGUGACCUCUGCAGCCAACAGGACCUGUACCCAGCUGUGAAAGGUGUAAGCACAGUUUUCCACUGUGCAUCACCCCCACCAUCCAGUAACAACAAGGAAGUCUUUUAUAGAGUGAAUUACAUUGGCACCAAGAAUGUCAUUGAAACUUGCAAAGAGGCUGGGGUUCAGAAACUCAUUUUAACCAGCAGUGCUAGUGUCAUCUUUGAGGGCGUUGACAUCAAGAAUGGAACUGAGGACCUCCCUUAUGCCAUGAAACCCAUUGACUACUACACGGAGACAAAGAUCUUACAGGAGAGAGAAGUCCUGGGUGCCAAUGAUCCUGAGAGGAAUUUCUUAACCACAGCCAUUCGCCCCCAUGGCAUUUUUGGCCCAAGGGACCCCCAGCUGGUCCCCAUCCUUAUCGAGGCAGCCAGAAAAGGCAAGAUGAAGUUCAUAAUUGGAAAUGGGAAGAACUUGGUGGACUUCACCUUUGUGGAGAACGUGGUCCAUGGACACAUUCUGGCUGCAGAACACCUCUCUCAAGACACGGCCUUGGGUGGGAAGGCAUUCCACAUCACCAAUGAUGAACCCAUCCCUUUCUGGACAUUCCUGUCCCGCAUCCUGACAGGCCUCAAUUAUGAGGCCCCGAAGUACCACAUUCCCUACUGGCUAGCCUACUGUCUAGCUAUCCUGCUGUCCCUCCUGGUGAUGGUGGCCAGUCCUGUCAUCCAGCUUCAGCCCACUUUCACACCAAUGCGGGUCGCACUGGCUGGCACAUUCCACUACUACAGCUGUGAGAAAGCCAAAAAGGUCCUGGGCUACCAGCCACUGGUCACCAUGGAUGACGCUGUAAAGAGAACUGUGCAGAGCUUCCACCACCUGCGAAAGGUCAAGUGAGGCCCCCAAGAUUGGGUCCUCCGUUCACAUUCCCUCACCAUUAGCUCUUCCCUGUGGAUUAAUAAACUAACCUUCUUCAAGUAA